AUGCCAACGCCGAGCCAUAUUAAGACACCAGGGGCUACUGCGGAAACAGAUAGCUCGCAGAAGAAACCUAAGAACCAAAAAACGAACAUCAUGGAUCCCGGUUUAAACUCCAACUUCACCAACUCGUCUUUGGACGUCGAGUCGUGCAUGUACAGCGUUGCAACACACAUCAAGUUCUAUCGCUUCGUAACGAACGGCAUCCUGCUGAACUUUCUCGGAUGCCUGGGAAUCCUAGGCAACAUCAUCUCGAUGAUAAUCCUUUCCAGACCUCAGAUGCGAUCGAGCAUUAAUUAUUUAUUGAUUGGAUUGGCCCUUAGCGAUACCCUGUUGAUUAUAACCAGCAUUCUAUUGUUUGGAUUGCCGGGUAUUUUCCCGUACAGCGGUUUUCUGUUUAAUUAUUAUUAUUACGUGUAUGCGCACAUUGUGCCUGUUGUCUACCCCUUGGGUUUGAUGGCCCAGACCGCCUCCGUUUAUUUAACGGUGACGGUGUCUUUAGAACGAUUCGUGGCGGUAUGUCAUCCGCUCAGGGCGCGUGCUUUAUGCACCUACGGUAGAGCCAGGGCCUACGUUAUAUGCAUCAUAAUAUUUUCCAUAGCCUAUAACAUGCCAAGGCUGUGGGAGUCUAUCAUACAGAAGGAUUUCUACGAGAAAAUGAACGUGACGGUUUACUGUCCCAGAGCAUCGAACUUCCGCAACAAUCAGCUCUACAUGACGAUCUACACACACUGGCUGUACUUAAUUUUUCUCUAUCUGCUGCCGUUUAUGUCGCUAGCUUUUCUCAACGCGUCUAUAUACACACAGGUAAGCAGAUAA